AGUAGCGGGUUCAGUUCUCUUUCUUCGACGAACAAGCAUCCCAUACUCCGUCGGACGCGUUCCACUGUGGUCAGCCCUGCGUAGUUGUCCGGGGCAAGCAGUGAAAAAGGUUCAAAUCCUAGGGCCUUUUCUACUCCCACGGAAGUAAAUUUCAGGGACUCUGCUUGCAAUUCCACUUCUGAAAAGGAGCAGAGGCAGGAUCGUAGUAAUUGCUUCAGAAACUUCAUGUUUGACAGCGACAACGACAAGCUUUAAGAAUCAAGAUCCAUUCUGACUGUUCGACAAUGAAGGCGUCGAUCCUGCUUCAACAAUUGCAACAGUUGAGACGGUUAAGAAGCUGAGCUUGACCACUUUUUGCCUCUGAACCAAUGAAAUUCCCCUUUCCAAAAUCAUUGCUUCUUCAAGAUUUUUGGCAUGAUUUUGGUUCAAAAUUCCAACCAAUUAAUACUGAGCAUGUGUGCUAUCAUUGUGAAGGGUCAUUGGAGUAAUCUGUUGAAGCUUGAGAAGGCUUCUGCUCUUACUUCUUCCACCAUUCACCAGGUACUUGUGCAACUCUCUCUCCAUGGCUUUGCUCCAUCUCAUUCCUUGUCAUUCUUCAAAUGGGCUGAAUCAGUUCCAAAUUAUAAGCACUCUUUGCAUUGUUCAUGGUCCAUGCUUCAUAUCCUUGUAAAGCAUAAACAUUUUAGAACCGCACAAGAGAUGCUUGAAAAAAUUGCCCGCAGGGAUUUUCUUUCAUCGCCAUCAGUUUUGAGAGCUUUGAUUGAAAUUCAACAUGACCCAGAAGUUAAUUCGCAUAUAUUGAGUUGGCUUGUAAUACAUCUUACAAAAUCAAAGAUGACCGAUGAUGCCAUUCAGGUUUUUGAGCAGAUGAGGCUAUAUAAAUUGAAACCUCAUUUUCAUGCCUGUACUGUGCUUUUGAAUUCUUUGGUCAAGCAUGGGGUUACUAACAUGGUAUGGAAGGUAUACAAACAAAUGGUUCAAGUUGGUAUUAUUCCUAAUAUACAUAUCUAUAAUGUGUUAAUCCAUGCUUGUUCCAAAUCAGGAGAUGUAGAGAGGGCAGAACAUUUACUGAAUGAGAUGGAAGUGAAGGGUGUGUUUCCUGAUAUUUUCACUUACAAUACUUUGAUAUCAUUAUACUGCAAGAGAAGUAUGCACUACGAGGCUUUAUCUAUCCAGGACAGAAUGGAAAGAGAAGGAAUAAAUCUUGACAUUGUUAGUUACAAUUCUCUUAUUUAUGGAUUUUGUAGAGAGGGUAGGAUGAGAGAAGCCAUGAGGAUAUUCAGCAACAUCAAAGGUGCAAUUCCCAAUAAUGUUACAUACACUACAUUGAUCGAUGGGUAUUGCAAAAUAAAUGACCUUGAGCAAGCUCUGAAAUUGCGUGAGAUGAUGGAGGCUAAGGGAUUGUACCCUGGAGUUGUUACUUAUAACUCAAUUUUGCGUAAGCUAUGUCAGGAUGGUAGAAUAAGAGAUGCAAAUAAACUUUUGACUGAGAUGAGUGAAAGAAAAGUUCAACCUGAUAGUGUCACAUGUAACACGUUGAUAAAUGCUUACUGCAAGAUAGGAGAUAUGAAAUCUGCAUUGAAAUUUAAGAACAAGAUGUUAGAGGCUGGAUUGAAACCUGACCCAUUUACAUUCAAAGCAUUAAUUCAUGGGUUCUGCAAGAUGAAAGAGCUGGAAAGUGCCAAGGAGAUGUUGUUUUCCAUGCUUGAUGCUGGGUUUUCCCCCAAUUACUGCGCUUAUUCAUGGAUAGUAGAUGGUUACUGCAAUAAAGACAAUGAAGAGGCAGUUGUUACGCUCCCAGAUGAGUUUCUUAGAAGAGGUCUUUGCAUUGAUGUUUCAAUAUUUAGGGCAUUAAUAAGAAGGUUAUGUAAGUUAGAAAGGAUACCAUGUGCUCAGAAGUUAUUUAAUCUUAUGGAAGGGAGAGGUAUAUCAGGUGACUGCGUUAUUUAUACAAGUCUUGCUUAUGCAUAUUGGAAAUCAGGGAAUGCAAAGGUUGCAUCAAAUAUAUUCGAAGAGAUGACUAGGAGGAGGUUGAUGAUAACAGGCAAAAUCUAUAAAUGUUUUGUUAAUCCUCUUGAUAGUGAAAACAAAACUUCAUGUUCAUUCUGGAAUUAUGUGGUGGAUAGGGGCCUUAUGUCAAGAAAUACCAUGAAUAAAGUAAAGAAGAUGGAAUUAUGAUGAUUAACCAUUGUUCACUAGAAUUUUCAGGGUUAUGUUUUGAAGCUUUUAGAGUGGAAAAUGAAUUACUGGCCAUGAUUGCAUUUAUAGCCUUUCUGUAUUUUUCUCUUCAUAAUUUACUAGAGGGUAGAAGCAAUUGGCUGUGAACAGAGUGUCUGAUCAUUUAUUAACUAAAUCUGAGGUUAACAUAUUUAUUCGCUAAUGGAUUAAAUUUACUGUAUCUUUUUGACAUUAAAUCACUAGGCAUAACUACUUUUCUCUGUAACUUGGGUUUCAUAGCUAGCAGGUUUAUUAAAAUUCUUGGACUCUAGAUAGAUGAAGAAUAUAAGUUAUAGUUUGAUACUUUGUUUUUUGGCCGCUGAAUACUGCUGCGUGCUCUUUCAUUAAUUUGCAUAAAAAAAAAAAAUCAUAUUUUCGCUUGCCUGAGUAUAGCGUUGAACUACUGAAAAUUCUUGUAUUUCUUUUUUCCCAUCACCUUUAAAUUAAUCAUAUUGCUGGAAGAGACAUUUGCAUUACCAUUCUCUGUUGUAAUGCUGAACUGACGAAAGUUAAUAUUUGUUGAUUCUGUUGGCAUUAACUAUCCUGAUUGCUUAGACCUUAAAUGGAAGAGAUUUCAUGUAAUUGACCAUAAGUAGAAUGUGUAGCCAAAACUAGAAGCAUUUUGAUGCAUAUUUGACCCUCACCUCCAAGACUUGAGUAAGAAAAUUAGUUUUUCUUUUUAGAAAAAUAAAAAGGGCUGGCUAUUUAUCCACCAAAAUUGAAUUGAAUGAAAUUCAGUCUUCUGUCAAUUUUCAUUGUCUCGGGGACCUAUUCAGCACCAUCUACUACUUCUCAUUGCUAAGCUGUUGAGACAGAGUAGAGGAAAAUGUCAGUAGAGGAAAAUGUCCUAGGAUCUAUUUGUAUGUCUUCAAUUUUAAUUGGAAAACACCUAUAACUGCUAAUGGGUUUCUUCUUGCAUGCUCUUCCUUUGGUUAUUGAUGAAUUGGUCUUCCUCUUCCUUAACUCUUGAUUUCAUCAAAUGUGGCUUGAGCUUGUUUACAUCUGACUGUUGAACAGGUUUCAGAAAAAAUUCUUGAGCUCCUUCUUCUAAGCAUCUGAUUUAAAAAAAAAAUAAAAACAAGGCCAUGUCAGAUCCAAGAUUCAGUCAGUUAUAACCUCUAAAUUUUUAAUUUUGAAAUUCUUAGUUAUUGUCUUAUGUUAUUAGAUUUGGGUUUACUCUUCGCAGUUUCCCUCACCUGUCGAUCCUUGAUGGGACAUUCUCUGAGGACAUAAUCACCACUGGUAUGUUCUUGAGAGACUCAGAUUCCUGCAAAAUUUAUGAUCUUCUAUUGUUAUUUACCUCACCUCUGAUAAAAAUAAUACAAUUAAUUGUAAGUUAUGAUGUUCCUAAUGUAAAAUUUGGAUUCAGGCAAACUUUCAUGGCAUGGAGAAGAAAACCCUAUCAAAAUCUUGUAGAAUUGAAAUUAGAUUAUUUUCUGUAUAAAAAUACAUCACAAGUCUUUUCUCCAUUUGUGGAAAAUAUCCCAAAAGCUUACCUUGAUUUUUCUCAGUAGAUCGUAGCCUGUCAUUCCUGGCAUACAGUAAUCUGUUAUGAUCAGGUUCACUUCUAAAUCCUGCCAGAACAAGUAACAGUAUAAUUAGAUCAGACUCAAUAGAUCUAACCCAGAUUCAUCCCCUGAGAAUGCUAAACCUUUGAAGAUGGAAAACAAUUUGAACCUGAUGGCUACCAGCAUCAACAGAGACUGUAUCUCCCUUUCUCUGUUCAUCUGCAUUUAAACCAAGAAAUUUUAAAGCCUUGCUUCCAGAAUCCACUGCAGUAACUGUGAUCACAAAAAUACAUCCACAUGAAUCAGAAGAUAUCAAAUUAACCCAAAAACACGUACAUACAUUUAUAUAAUUACAUAUAUAUAUAUAUAUAUAUAGAGAGAGAGAGAGAGAGAGAGAGAGAGAGUACCUUGGAAGGAUGAGGUUUUGAGGAGCCUCUCAAUCAGCAUUCUGUCAAUGAGACUAUCAUCAACAGCCAAAACAUGAAACUGGGUCUCUGCAGCCAUACCCAUAAUAACCUGAAGAUUACGGUGUAUGGCAAAAAGCUUGAUGAAGAUGAAAUAGUGCAACUGAGAGAGAUGAAGAUGAUGAUGAUGAUGGUGAGAAAUGAGAACGGGACAUUUUAAAAGGGGAGCCCAUCAUGACCAAGAAGAUACAAAAUCAUCCAAGGAAAUCUGACAGUUUGGAAAGCGAGAUCCGACAGAUUUCAUUCAGAAUCUCCAGGAUCUUCUAGGUUGAUUUCUAAAUUCGAGAAGCAGCAAAGAAGGUGCUGUUUUACUCGCUAAUUUUUUUCCAUAGAAUCAUUUCGUUUGACUCUUUUGGUUAAUUUAUGAUUAAAAGUCACUACUCACUAUUGGGUUUGCUGUGCCUUUUCAAGAGUCUUGAAGGUCACUGCUCAAUAGUGUCAGCAUUCCAUUCAUGCACGUGCACGUACUUUUGAAAA